CAGUGGGCGGGGCUUACAGCACGGUGUCGCACGCGCUCGGUGUGGCUCAGUGAAACAUUUCCCGCAUUUCUCUCUCGAGCUGGACAUUAAUCCUGCGGUUUUAACCAAGCGGAGGAGCCCCGAGGCGCAGAGAGCGGCAAAAUGAGCAAAGUGCAAGGAGGCACGAAAUGCAUUAAAUACCUGCUUUUCAUCUUCAACUUCAUAUUCUGGCUUUCUGGUUCAUUGGUGGUAGCAGUGGGACUGUGGCUGAGGUUUGAUCCUAGCAUCCUUUCAUUACUGAAAGAUAAUGAGGCCCCCCAGACCAUCUUUUUUGCUGUGUAUAUUCUGAUCGGAGUAGGAGGAAUCAUGAUGCUCGUGGGUUUCUUCGGGUGCUGUGGAGCCGUGAGGGAGUCGCAGUGUCUUCUGGGAUUGUUCUUUUCCUGUCUGCUGAUCAUUUUUGGUGCAGAAGUGGCUGCAGGAAUUUUUGGCUUCUUGAGCAAAGAUCAGAUUAUUAAACAGGUUAAAGACUUCUACACCACCUCCGCAGCUGGAAAUGGCAACAGCACAGUCACUUCCAUGUACCAUGCUACUCUUGAGUGCUGUGGAGUCGAGAGAAAAUCUAAUACGUCGCUGUGUCCUGAUAAUAAUAGCAAGGACUGCAUCAAAGCCAUAGAGGAUUUUUUCAGUGAGAAACUCUUCAUCAUUGGAUAUGCGGGUAUUGGCAUUGCAGGAAUCAUGAUAAUUGGUAUGAUCUUCAGUAUGGUUCUAUGCUGUGGUAUUCGGAGCAACAGGGAGGUCCUAUAGAUGCUCAUAGGCCUCCUACUUAAGGCUGAACUGUCCUGAAUCCCCUGUCCUGACCUCACUGAGCCAUCACAUUUGAAAGGCUCACAUAAAAUAGUGUAAGAUAUUGUUGCAGCUUUAUAAUAAUCUUUUGUUUCUUUGUUUAAUUGUAUGUCUUUGUGCUGAAUCACCACUGCAUGGACUGAGAGUGUAACUGAAUUAACAUGACCUUAUAUUAUUUUGUUUAUCUGGGAGAGCAGUUACGAUUACAGCCUGAUUUUUAUGAUCAGUUUAGACAUUACCAAACAGAGAAGCUUGGGCAACAUUCUGUUUUUCUCCUUCUCCUACUAUGCAUUACACAACUUUGGUAAUGUAAAUACUGUAUAUAUAGAAAAGGUACUACUUGCUUUCUGUUGAUGCCUUGGAAUGUUAUUUAGUAGCCCAUGUUUGCUGUAGUAAAGUGUUUAGUUUAGGUUAUGAGUAAUGCUUUGUAAAUGUUUAGGUGGUUUGUAAGUGAUUCAUGUUCACGCUGCCAUAUUUGCAAAAACAUGAUUCGAAGAUGACUGCAACAGCACAGUAUUGAGUGGUGAGGCAUGAACAUAUACCACUCACACUUACCCAAAACCGAGAGGAAUACAUGUUGCUUGUAGUGCAGUGUGAAAACCCUUGCCCUUGUAAACUGUCAAUCCUUUAUAGUAAUGUCUUAAAUACUACCACCUACAGUACCCUUGCAUUCUUCCAUGAAUGUGUCAGCACUGCCUCCAUACUGUUAGUCAGAAGUUCUAUAUCAGUGAAACAUUAAGCACAGCUUUGUGUGGGUAACAAUUAUAGUAUCACAGUUCUUUAAUCACACGAGCACAACUUGGGUGAACUGAUACCUUGCUGUGCCUUUAAUCACACAUUCAGUAUGGCACCUUCCUUUCCUACCUAAGCAUGCUGUGAAUGAUAAAAAUAUGCCCUUGUAUAUAUCAUGAGUUUAUAUUUCUCCUAGAACAUUUCUAACUUGCUUGGGUAAUGCUUUGUUCUUUGAAUACAUGGUGGUAUGGGUUUAGCCGGUUGUUAAAACACAAAAAAAUUAUCAAUGAGUUCCACAGCAUGUGUUUUGUAGCUAUCUCUAAAUAUGAUUUAUGACUGCUUUGAAAAAAAUAAAUAAACGGUAAUAAAAAAA